AUGACUGCCUUUGCUCGUCCCUCAUUACUCGACAAUCGUUAUGCAGUUAUUGCUGAGACAAGUGCAUACACAUAUGAUGAUGAUGAUCUUGUUAAUUAUGCUGAAUUUUUACGACAACAUGGUCGUUAUAUGACAAAAGGAGGUUAUGUUGAUUCAUCUCGACGUAUUCGUUCACUUCAUCGUCAACAAGAUGGUUUUCAAAUACCGAAACGUCAAACACCACCAUCACGAACUGGUUUACUGGCUUCAAUUAAUAAAUCAUCAUUAUCAGCACCAGCUAUUGGAACAACACCGAGAAAAUUAAAAACAUCUGAUGAAAAUGAAUUACUGUCUCCUUUAUCUCUAUCAGCAAAUCCUGAAAAUAAAAAAAAAGAAUAUGAUAAACAAAUGAAACUUAUUGAAGAACAAAUGAUUAAAGCAAAACAAAAUGAACGAGAAGCAAAACGUUUAGAAGGUGAUAUUAAAAAAGAACAACGACAGUUACAUCAUUCACUUCGAGAUCUUGAUGUUGAUGCAACAAGAAAACGUUACAAUGCUGAAAAACAUUUAUCAAAAAAUCUUGAAGAAAAAGAUAAAAUUGAAAGAGAAUUCGUUAAGAAACGAGAAAAGUAUACAACAGUACAUCCUUCAAAAACAUUGGCACAAAUAACAUAUGUAAUGCAAUCAAGUCGAACACAUCGAUCUUUUGUCAAUCGUUAUCUUAGUAGGCAAACAAAAGAACGAACUGAUCGUUUAAUUGAUUCAUUACAAGCAAAUAAAGAUAAAGAUCGUCGUAAUUUACUUCUUUGUAAUGAUCUAGCUCGACAAUAUCAAACAAAAUCACAUGAACUUAAAAUAAAACAUCAACAAUUCAAUCAAAUACAUUCAGAUUUUGAACAAAAAGUUCAACAAAAAGAGUUGGAAGAAAAUCGACUUAAAAAAGAAUUAGCUGAUAUAGCUACGGCACUUAAUUUAGAAGCGCAAAAAGUUAAAACUGAUAUGAAAGAUUUUCUAAAUAUUGUUGAUAAUGAUCGAGUUCAAACAAUGAAACAAGAUCUCGAACAAGAACAAAAACUUAAUCAAACAAAUGUUUAUGGUAAAAACUAUGAUCAAGAAAGACGUCGUCUUUCAGGUGAUGUAACACUUCAUCGUUCAAUGCUCGAUCUUAAACAACGUGACGCUCUUCGUCGAAUUGGUGAUACAAAGAGUCGAUUAGAAACAAUUUAUGCUAAACAACGACAAUUAAAUGCAAGUACAGCUAUUAAUGAACCAGAUCGACGUGCUACUCAAUUAAUGUCUAAAGUGACCGAUAUUGAGAAUCGUCGUUCACAAUUAAUGAAUCAAUAUAUGCGUGAUAAAACUGAGAAACAUGAAAGUGAAGCAACAACUAAAGCUAAAACACGUCCUGUUGAACUUGAAACUAAACAACAUGAAGAUCGCUUACGACAUUUAGAAAAUACAAUGAAUAAGAGUGAAGACGUUGAAUAUGAAUUACGUAAAUCAGUUAAAGAAGCUGAAUUUCAACGACGUAAAAAGGAACAAGAAGUACAACGAUUAAAAGAUGAUUUAAUACGAAAAAAACGAGAAGAUGCGAAAAAAAUUCAAAAUGCUAUUGCCCGAUCGGAACAAGAGGAAAAAGAAUUAGAACGACAUUUAGCUAAAGAAAAAGCAAAAUUAUAUAAAUUACAAACACGACGAGAAGAUAAUUAUUUACGUUUAACACGACAACGUCAACAAAUGCGUGAAAAUAAAGCCUUAUUAGAUAUUCAUGAACGUGAACAUGAACGUCUAUUAAAUGUUCAAACUCAAUCACAAUCUUUGCAAUCAUUUAAUACUAUCUAA